AAGCAACACUAACAGGAGAACGAAAUACAAGAAAGAGAGAGCCCGCGCGCAGCGGCCAGCGCGCCGGCGCUUUGCUCCGGAAGGCCAGCAGUGGCGCUUUGCCGUUGCGGAACAUGGCCGUCCCUCUGCGCGGGCCGCGAUCGCAGGGCGCGCGGCCCCUUGACCUUGAGCACGCCAAUCACCCGAUACUGCUUUUCUUCCGGCGUGGGCCCCCGCCCCGGACCAGAGCAGCGGCGUUCAGCUGGCACAAGUUUCCCGUCCCGAAGCGCCGAACCCUGCGCCGGCUAGCUAUACAAGAAGGGCGGCGAAGCCCAGGGGGGCCCUGCGGGGCAGUAAUGUGCUUAAUAUCCCCGGACGCGCACGCGCUCGGGGGCCGUGACUUGCGUCAGGUAGGCGAUUGCCUGGCCUGGUGCUCGCAGGCCGCGGGGCUGGUCGCGCCACAUCUCCCGGCCGGCCAAUCUGGCCGGGGCCUGCUGCUUCGCUGCUUUCUUUGCAAGGGCCGCGCCCCGUUAGGGGCUCCGGCUGUCGUUUGCUUCGGUCGCGCACUCGCGCCGGGCCCUUGUUGUGCGGGUGUUGCGUCUGCUGCGACCUUGCGGGGGUCCUGGCGAGGCCCCUCGCUCGUGCUUGCGAUCGUGCAGCCGUAUUGCCGCAUUAAGGGCGCGCUUGAAU